AUGACGGAAGACACGCUCAGAAUGGGACGACCCACCUCCACGGGUAUCUCCUCCGACGUAGAGUUUUGGAGAGACAGACGUGAUAAAUCUUACCGAUACGAUUCUGGCUUCGAGUCUGCUCUAUCCAGUACUUCCAGGUCGUACAGUUGGAGAGAUUCUUUGACGACUUUGACCAAAAGGAGAAUCGACGAUUUCCUCGAUUAUAAAUUGAAAGAUACUUCGAUCGACAGAUAUUACUUCGACGCUGGCUCGUACUAUCGAAGAAGAAGAAAAAGGGACGACCAAAUUACUCGAGCGAGAUCGAUCAGUUUAUUAAAAUAUGACGAUUACUCGACCGGCGAUAGCGACACGACUAUUACAGCUGCCAGUUCUACGAGACUAUCACGGUACAGCAGACCACAGACGACGUCUCGAACCGACCUCGAUUUUUAUCUACCUCCUAUUAAAAGCGAGAUUAUACCGCGCGAAAAGGGAAAGAAACCAUCGUUCUGCACAAGACUGACCAACAGAACCGUAGGGGUUGGUAUGAGAACAAGAUUAACCUGCACGGUACUUGGACACCCGGAACCACGAGUUUACUGGACCAAAGAUGGCGAGAAACUCGACAUAAGCUCAAACCGAUAUCGAACUCGGUUUGACAACGGUAUGGCUUAUUUCGAACUGCAUGAAGCCCUCCCCGAAGAUUCCGGACUGUACACCUGUGUUGCCGAGAAGUUCAGGGAUUGCAACCACCGAAUCCACCUUAAAAAUUAUCCCGAUUUCAACCAACACUCUCACCCCCACCUUUACAAGAUCUAUUAA